AUGUCUAGCUCUAGUAAUUCUUCAAAUACGCCACCACCCGCCUCCUCUUCACCAUCUUCCUCCUCCACUUCUUCAUCAUCAUCAUCAUCAUCAUCAGUGUUAGCUAAUGCAGGAACAAAAGGAAAUAGUCCCAGUCUUCUUCCAAUAAAUGACGCCCUGCUAAACUACAUCCCCAUCUCCGAGUGCUACUCCGGCGCCAAACCAGAAGAAAGCAGCGGUACUUCUCCACCUCCGCCCAGGCCUCCAAAACCACGAGCGCUACAGUUGGCGGGCAAAUCACAGUCCUCGUUGGCGCUUUAUCCAGCUGAUAAUGUGGUCAACAACAGCAGCAGCAACAGUCCGGUCAAUGGAAACUUCACCAAUGGCCAACUGCCGCCACACCUACAGAAGCUAGCGACGCUGAUGCUGAUGAAUGGCUACGGGACGACGACCGGUGGACGAAUGCGAAGUCCUGCCAGUCCACUGCAGUACAGCAAGUCGAUGGCCAUGACAGCUGGCGGAAAUGUUUUGGCGCCGCCAGUUCUGGUCAACGAUCAACGGCCAGCCAUGACUGCAGCUGGAGGAAACAGUUUUUACGGCCUGAACGGCGGGAAGGGCAGUUCGGCGGGUUCAUUAAGUCUGCCACCGCACAAUCACAAUUACGAGUUCUGCAAUGCCAACGUGGUUGUGGGCCCCAAUGGGACCGCCUUUGUAGAGGUGCCGCCACCGGUGGUCAAUCGCAGUCUGAAGCCGCACCGGCGGUCCGCUUCUGGUCGCACCAGUAGUAUGGAUUCGACGAGUCCCUUUGGAUCGCAAGCGACCCGUCACACGCUGCCCAGGCCGCCACAGUUCUCUUCCUAUCCAAAUCGAGGCGAGGACGGACGAAAGUCCUUCAACACCACCCACAGUGCCCACAACCAGCAGAAUAUCGGCCAUCCAAACAACAGCCAUCACUCCAAUACGCUCUCCUUUAGUCAUCAGUUUGGUUUUGAAAAGAACAAAAAACUGUCGCCCUUCAGCUCAAACAACAACAGUCAUCAUUUCAGUAACCUGUCACACCUCGACACUCAGGAGAGCAGUGAAAUUCAGUACCUUGAUCUGGAUCUAGAGUGCCCCAACGCAGAGUCGACCCACUCGCAGAGUCCUAAAGAAGGUGGUGCCUCUGCCUUUUCCGGCGGCAAUGGAGGUCAAUCUGAUACAUCACAGUUGGUCUCUACACACAGCACCACCACCACCACAAACAACAACAACACUGCAACUCACAACAAUUUCUAUAAUGGCGGCAGCGGCACUGGUCAGUCGUUGACCACUUGGAACAUUCCACCAAGUAGCACUAGCAACUUUGAUCCAUUCACCAGCACAAGUAGUGGCUCUUCUUUGCAUCACAACAAUAACAACAACAAUGUUUCCACACCCAAUGCAAACCACGUGAAAGGAAAUGCUUCUUCGGCCAGCACCACCGAGGCCAUGAUCGCCCUGAUCGGCAAGGACAACACCAACACCGUCUACAAGCAGGUGGACUUUGUGAAGACGAAGGCCUUCAAUAAGAUGCGCGUCGACAUGGAUCGGACUGGCUAUCGAAAUGGCAACAGCAAUGCCAAUGGUGCCAAUGCCAGUGCCACCAACAGUGCCAGCAACGCAACCAGCAAUAGCUGA